AUGCCCCCUCGCGACGUGACGUGGGCCAACCAACGCCAGGUCUGGCAACGUUUGUACGGGAAACGUCUGGCGCGUCGCGUGCGCCCCAAAUGGAAAGCCGGGGAUCGCGUGCGUUUGCAGAAACAGCACCGUCCGUUCGAGAAAGGGUAUCUGCCCGGUUGGACCGAAGAGGUGUUUCUCAUCGACCGGGCCGUGCCGGGGCCCGUGGCGACCUAUAAAAUCAAGGAGUGGGACGGUACGCCCGUCAAAGGUACCUUUUACAAGCAAGACGUGCAGAAGGUCGACGUCCCCGACGACGCUCUGUUUCGCGUGGAGAAAGUGUUGCAGCGUCGACGCCAAGAGGUCAAGGUGCGUUGGAAAGGCUGGCCCAAAUAA